CUUUUAAUUAAGAGUAGAGUUGAAAAAUAAAAAUGGAGAGUUAGUCCGUAAUCCUAAUAAAAUUGAAUUGGUGGUAGCAAUCUACUCUUAAGAACAGUAUCCAAAAGAAAUCAAAGUUAAUAACAAGGGUGAAUAAAUAUUAAAAGGUCAUUUAUGUGUCCCCUUAAUAAAAGGCACUGCAUUUUUCACUAGAGUUUAAAUAAGAGAAGUAUCUUCACACUAUUAAAACGGGGGUAUUAUUCUUGCAAUAUUACCACAAUUUAAACCAAAUGAUGAACCAAUUAAUAGUCGUGAUAUUUAGCCUAUGAUUGUUGAAAAUAUCAAAGUUAAGGCUAAGAAAUUUUCAGAACGUCACAUUCCAGUAUAUGUUAAUUAGUGAUUCAUUAUAUAUUUAGUAAAGAG